CGCAGUUGUAGUGGACUCGCUGACGGAGGGAAGCGGGGUUUAUGGGUGGUGUGGUUGGCGUAUAGCUGGCUCUACAGCUACAAGAGGAACGUGACUUGUUGCACGGAGUUCUCCUGUUUUAAGGCGAGAGUAGGGCGACUGAAGCAAUUGGAUUCAAACUUUUAAGGUGAGAGAGCGAGGGAGAGAGAAGGACCGCAGUUAUGACUAACCCGUACGCAGGAAUCGUGGAGCCUCUGGACCCAGAGAGGCCAGAUCACAAGUUCUACAACCUCUCCAUGCUCAAAGAUGACAGAUAUGGGCGUCUGCCCUUCUCCGUCCGGGUGCUCUUAGAGGCUGCCCUCAGGAACUGUGACGAGUUUCUGGUGAAGAAGUCAGACGUGGAGAACAUUCUCAACUGGAAGGAGACGCAGAAAAAGAGCGUGGAGGUGCCCUUCCGGCCGGCCCGGGUCAUCCUGCAGGACUUCACUGGCGUGCCCGCCGUGGUGGACUUCGCAGCCAUGCGCGACGCCGUGAAGAAACUGGGCGGCGACCCCGAGAAGAUCAACCCCGUGUGCCCAGCCGACCUGGUCAUCGACCACUCCAUCCAGGUGGACUUCAACAGAAAGUCCGACAGCCUGCAGAAAAACCAGGACUUGGAGUUUGAACGGAACCGGGAACGAUUUGAGUUUUUAAAGUGGGGGUCGCAAGCCUUCAAGAAGAUGAGGAUCAUCCCACCAGGUUCAGGCAUCGUGCAUCAGGUCAAUCUGGAGUACCUAGCCCGUGUGGUGUUUGAACAGGAUGGCCUGUACUACCCCGACAGCCUGGUGGGCACAGACUCCCACACCACCAUGAUCGACGGCCUGGGAGUCCUGGGUUGGGGAGUUGGUGGGAUUGAAGCGGAGGCAGUCAUGCUGGGCCAGCCAAUCAGCAUGGUGCUGCCUGAGGUCAUUGGCUACAGGAUGGUUGGCAUCCCAGACAAGCUCAUCACCUCUACGGACAUUGUCCUCACUGUCACAAAGCACCUGCGGCAGGUGGGCGUGGUCGGAAAAUUUGUCGAGUUCUUUGGAGAGGGUGUGGCCCAGCUCUCAAUUGCUGACCGAGCCACUAUUGCCAACAUGUGCCCAGAGUAUGGUGCCACCGCCGCAUUCUUCCCUGUCGACAAUGUCAGCAUCAAGUACUUGGAGCAGACAGGGAGAGAUGCAGACAAACUUGAAUACAUCGAAAAAUACUUGAAGAAAGUGGGCAUGUUCAGAGAUUACCGCGAUAAAUCCCAGGACCCCGACUUCACUGAGGUGGUGGAGAUGGACCUGACCACAGUGGUGCCGUGCUGCAGUGGUCCGAAGAGACCCCAGGACAAGGUGGCUGUGACUGACAUGAAGAAGGACUUUGAGGCCUGUCUGGGGGCCAAGCAAGGCUUCAAGGGCUUUGGGGUGGCACCAGAAAAACACAGCAACUGUGUGAACUUUGCUUAUAAUGGGACGGAGUUCUCCCUCACCCACGGCUCUGUGGUCAUUGCUGCCAUCACCAGCUGCACCAACACCAGCAACCCUUCAGUCAUGCUGGGGGCAGGACUCUUGGCAAAGAAGGCUGUGGAGGCAGGGCUUAGUGUGAAGCCUUACAUCAAGACCAGCCUGUCCCCUGGCAGUGGAGUGGUCACAUACUAUCUGAAGGAGAGUGGGGUCAUGUUCUACCUCGCCCAGCUUGGGUUUGAAGUGGUGGGCUAUGGCUGCAUGACAUGCAUUGGGAAUAGUGGACCUCUCCCUGAACCCGUGGUGGAAGCCAUUACUAAGGGGGAUCUGGUGGUGACCGGGGUCCUUUCCGGAAACCGGAACUUCGAGGGUCGCGUUCACCCCAACACGCGUGCCAACUACCUUGCCUCUCCGCCCUUGGUCAUUGCCUACGCCAUCGCUGGCACAGUCUGCAUUGACUUUGAGAAGGAGCCCCUGGCGGUGAAUGCCUCUGGCAAGGAAAUCUUCCUCAGGGACAUCUGGCCCACACGGGAGGAGAUCCAGGAUGUGGAAAGGGAGUUUGUUAUUCCUGCCAUGUUCAAGGAGGUCUACGAGAAGAUUGAGAAAGGGAAUGAGCGUUGGAGCAACCUGAAGGCAUCUUCUGACAAGCUCUACAGCUGGGACCCUAACUCCACCUACAUCAAAUCGCCACCGUUCUUUGAUGGACUGACCAGGGAGCUUCUCCCACCCAGGUCCAUAAUGAAUGCCCACGUCCUGUUGAACUUAGGGGAUUCUGUGACCACUGACCACAUCUCCCCCGCUGGUAACAUCGCGAGAAACAGCUCUGCUGCACGUUACUUGUCUAAAAGAGGCCUGUCCCCUCGGGACUUCAACUCGUACGGAUCGCGCCGUGGAAACGAUGCAGUGAUGGCCCGGGGUACUUUUGCCAACAUCCGUCUUUUCAAUAAGUUUGUGGGCAAACAGGGCCCACAGACACUGCACCUGCCCUCAGGGGAAAUGAUGGAUGUGUUUGAUGCUGCAGAAAAGUACCAGCAAGAUGGCGUGCCGCUCCUGGUUCUAGCAGGAAAGGAGUAUGGAUCGGGCAGCUCCAGGGACUGGGCUGCCAAGGGGCCCUUUCUUCUGGGCAUCAAGGCAGUGCUGGCUGAGAGCUAUGAGCGCAUCCACCGUAGCAACCUGGUGGGCAUGGGCAUCAUCCCACUGGAAUACCUGCCGGGUGAAACGGCCGAGACACUGGGGCUGACAGGUCGUGAACGCUUCAACAUCAUCAUCCCUGAAUUGUUGGUGCCCAGGAUGAAAGUGACCAUACAGCUGGACACAGAGAAGACCUUCCAGGCCUGCAUGAGGUUUGACACCGAUGUGGAGCUCACGUAUUUCCGACACGGGGGCAUCCUCAACUACAUGAUCCGCAAAAUGAUCCAGCAAUGAGAGAUGGACCUCGGGGGAGGGGUGGGGGUUACGAUGCAUCGAUUUAAUUUUAUCUGGUCGGGUUGACUGUCUUUUCCAUCUUCGUUGCCACCUGGUCUGUCCUCCUUACUCCACCAGCCCAAGCAAGAGAUGUACUUUAGUUCCAUUCCCUGCUCCUUGCCCCAGCAUCUCACUGUUGAAAACCAGACAAUUUCAGCCAGCCACUUUAAAUACCUUGUCGCUUCCAUGGUAGGUUUGUUCAGACAUUCUCUGGGUUUUAUAGUCUGUUUUUUUUUUUUUUGGCUCAGUCUGCUGGGUGGUUUCUGUAGUUCGUCUCUCCCUGGUGUCUCUUUUCAAACGGUUCUGUUGAUUUCUUAUUUUCUUUUCCUGAAACACUAACGCAGCAUCAAAUUUCCACUGGCACCUGCUUGUGGAUGUCACUCUGAAUACUCUUGGUUACUCUUUUUGUUCUGUUAGCACAUCUGAAUGGCUUGGACCUCGAUAUUGGACAAAAGAAGCAAUUACAGCAAUAUAUUCAACGUAAGAACGUCCUAUUCAAGUGUUUAUCUCUAGAUGAAAAAGAACCAUCGAUAUUGAUAGAUAAACUAAUUUUAAUAUGCUGAAGUAGUUCAGUGUUCACUCGGAUUAAGCAAACACACUUUGGCUCACAUUUUUAUACCACUUUGGUAAAAUUUGGAUCUAAGUGCCUGUUUUUUAGUAGAUUAUCUACAAGGGUAAGUCAAAGUAUUUGCAACAUUAAAAUUCCGGUUUAAUGCACAUUGUUGCACAUACUUUAUUUGACCUACCCUCAUA